AUGCCGCGCCGCUGCCUCUCUGUGUUUUUAGCGUUGCCGGGGUUCCUGUUGGUUCUCGCGUGGGUUGCGUUUCCGGCGGCCGCAGCGUCCGGUGUGGCCCCAACCGAUGCCACCGCCAACGUUUGCCCGACGCUCACGCUGGCCGACCACCUCUCGGCUCUCUUCGGGCGUGACACUGCUCUGUCCUCGUGGUGCUGUACGCCCGUGUGCCAGACGCCGUGGGACGCGUCUCAGGAGGUUGCUCUGCGGUGGGAGAUGGAGCGGUGGAUUCGCGCCAAUCGCACGGUGGGAAUGUUUCCAGAAAGUUACCAGUUUGUGAAGGAGGAGCUGAUGCGACUCACCACGCACCGGCCGGGUGACGGGCCCUUGCAUGUGGGAGAGGAGAAGGAAAUAUACGCCAAGCGAGCCAACGCGACGCUUCGGGAGAUGCCAUGGCUGCUCGUCUCGAACAGCACAUUUGACGCGGCGCAGCAGUUUUACCAAAGAAAUGUGCAGCGGCGGCCCAUUAUUCGUUUCUACCACCUUUCGCCGGAGUCGAGUGCGCCAGGGCAAAUCUACGACUACAUUCAGCAGGUGGCCGGUUGGUGGGCCGAGGCGGAGAGGCGUGUGUCGCGUGAUCCGCGGGUUGCCGCCCCGCUGCUGCCGUGGAUCAGCUUAGAGAAGCUCAUCGGUCCCCCUGUAGCGCCCGCCGACAGUUCCCAGACGGAAACGCCGGGCCCCCACACGGCACCUGCGUCAAAGCGACCCACUCCGAUGCCGCGCCACUCAUUUCGUUUUCAUCCUCCGCUUCGGCCCCUUCCCACGACGGUGGUGUUUUAUUACACUAGAAACUGCAUUUUUUGUGCGAGGAUGGGCGUGGCGUUUGACCUUCUACCGCUCCUCUACCGACGCCUGUGCGAGUACGGCCACCGCUCUGUUGUGAGCUGCAGCCCAUUGGUGCUUUUUUUUCGCGUCAGGAGGGAUUUCUAUGGGAAGUGGUCGCCGACGUUCGCGUUUCACGGCGUCAACAGCAGGCCAAUUCCGGAGGUGCCGGUCUUGGCUUCCUUUGUGAGCGAGAUGGAUGAGGUCUUGGACCCGGUUGGCUCGUACGGCUUCCAUGAGCUGCGGUUUGCUCGGGCCGACAUCGCUCUGCUGGAGAUGCUGGAGAAGCUGGUGGGCUUCCUGCAAAUGUAUGACGUCAUCCAGCUGCGGCUGUUUUCCGGGGCUGAGGUCGCAGCGUUGGACGGGCUGGCCCGCGCGAAGAAGCAGCAAGAGAAGCGGCAGCAGCAGAGUGCUGCGCCAGCUAGCAACGAGUCAGGUGCGGCAGGCGUGGAGGAAAAGGAAGAGGAUUUGAUGUGGCAGAACCAGCAUUUGGUCGAAGUUAAAGCUUAUCUGCACCAGGUUGUGAUGUUCCACGUGCGCGAGUUGUGGGGAAACAGCACGACGGAGUUCGAAAAGUUAGUCCCGCGAAACGGGUCUCAGCUGGAGAUAACGUGGGUCGUGGCUGUUUCCGCCGUGCUCUCCGUUGUGUGGCUAGCAGUGCUCAUUUGCGUGUCAAAGAACCCCGGAUACUAG